CCACACGCUCCCGGAAGUGGGAGGUGUCCGCUCGAGUUUGUGUGGCCGCCGCCGCGGGAACGCGAGCCCGGUAAUUUUUCAACGGAGAAAGGCGAGGCUUUCGGUCUUGGCCGAGUGAGAGUGAGCGAGGGUCGGGCUCCAGCAACUGUCUUCUUACGUGGCAGCCGGCAUGGAGCACGAGCGGAGCGAACAGCCUGGCAGCGAGGCCGUGGCUGCCGCGCGGCUGGAGUCUCCCGGGUCGGAGUGUGGGGAGGAGCCGCAGCAUCCGAAUCCCGAGAAAAAGCAACGAUGUAGAUUCGAUGGCCAAGAAACAAAAGGAUCUAAGUUCAUUACCUCCAGUGCAAGUGAUUUCAGUGACCCAGUUUACAAAGAGAUUGCUAUUACAAACGGAUGCAUUAAUAGAAUGAGUAAGGAAGAACUCAGAGCUAAACUUUCAGAAUUCAAGCUUGAAACCAGAGGAGUAAAGGAUGUGCUAAAGAAAAGGCUGAAAAACUAUUACAAGAAGCAGAAGCUCAUGUUGAAAGAGGGCAGUUUUGCUGACAGUUACUACGACUACAUUUGUGUCAUUGAUUUCGAAGCCACUUGUGAAGAGGGUAACCCACCUGAAUUUAUACAUGAGAUAAUUGAAUUUCCUGUGGUUUUACUGAAUACCCAUACCUUAGAAAUAGAAGAUACAUUCCAGCAGUAUGUGAGACCAGAGAUUAACACACAACUUUCUGAUUUCUGCAUCAACCUAACUGGAAUUACUCAGGAUCAGGUAGACAGAGCUGAUACCUUCCCUCAGGUACUAAAAAAAGUAAUUGACUGGAUGAAAUUGAAGGAAUUAGGAACAAAGUAUAAAUAUUGCAUAUUGACAGAUGGUUCGUGGGAUAUGAGUAAGUUCCUGAACAUUCAGUGCCGGCUGAGCAGGCUCAAAUAUCCUCCUUUUGCUAAAAAGUGGAUCAAUAUUCGAAAGUCAUAUGGAAACUUUUACAAGGUUCCUAGAAGCCAAACCAAAUUGACAAUAAUGCUUGAAAAGCUAGGAAUGGAUUAUGAUGGGCGGCCUCACAGCGGUCUUGACGACUCUAAGAACAUUGCCCGAAUAGCAGUUCGAAUGCUUCAAGAUGGAUGUGAACUCCGAAUUAAUGAGAAAAUGCAUGCAGGACAGCUGAUGAGUGUAUCUUCUUCAUUACCAAUAGAGGGCACUCCAGCUCCACAAAUGCCACAUUCUAGAAAAUAACAGCAUUUUUGCCCUUUGCCCAUGGAUCAUUCACUCUAACUGGAGUUGCUACAAAGAGUUAGCAGAUGAAUACUUAUUGAAUUAGUCCUGCGGUGCAAAAUUUAAGCACCUUAAACAUUUACAAUCUUACUACAGUUACAGUUAUAUAUAAAUGUGUGUGAACAGAUUCUGUGGGGAGGGCAUAUUGAAUUUUUUGUCACCAGCACUUUUGAUAUGAGCAGUACUUGUUACACAGUAACAGUUCCUGCUUAGAAUUGACUUUUAUAAUUUAAGGUGUCCAAGAUAUGUCCCUUUUGGUUUUAAAAUGCAAAGGCUUAUUGGCACUCCCCUUGAAUGUCAUAUCUUAUUGAUAUUAAAAUACAUAAUGUAUUUCUACAUUAACAUCAUUAGAUCGAGUCAUUUCUUACAGUGCAGGAAAGAUUGGAAGGCCUUGUCUAGCCUUUGGGUUUUAAGAAUAUCACAGUCCUUUUGGUUUUUGAAUUCUGUAUGUGAAGUUCAGCUGUGCAUGGUGAAUUUCAUAAAGUACUUGGUACACAUAUCUGCCUACAUUUCUUUUCAAUUUGUAGUUGGAAGACUUGUGGUGGAUUAUAGGGUCUUGUUAAGAAUUCAGUUACUGGUGAGGUUAAUAGAAAGUCAGAAGAAAAUUCCAUUUGAAGGAAUAUAAGGGCUGUAGCUCAAACUUUAUAACACAUAAACAUAUCCGUGGGGUUUUUUGGACUUCAUUUUUUUGGUUCCCCUCCCUCUUGUGACACAAAUCUGCCCUAAUUCUUAAAUCUAAGAAACCAUGCUUUGAAAUAGACUAAAAAUAAGGGUCACCACUUAAUUUUGCAUUUGUAUUCAACAUUAUGAGUAGGUAAUAAAAUCAAGUAAUGCUUUUUAACAUAUCUUAUGUUUUUAUUACAAGUUGAUUUUACAUAGUGACCACUAAAUGUUGAAUAGUUAAUUCUUAACUAAUUCUAAAAACAUAAGUGAGUUUAUGGCGUUGAAAAAGCAAAACUGUUAUCUAGAAGGUAAAAAUACUGAAUUUCUCCCUAUAGUUUUCAUGAACAAUUUGCUUCUUCUCUUUUCCUUUCUAUUAGUAGUUGUGCUGCUACUUUAUUUUAAUGAUUUAUAUAUUAACUAAAUGAAUUUUAUAGAAGCUUCCAGCCCUGAUGCAUAGGAAAAAAGGAGGCAUUUUUCUUGGUCUGAGAAUUCUUUCCACAGUGCUGUAGAAAGAAUGAAUUUUGCCUUUGAGCGGUAGUUGUAGAAUAAGAAUAAAGACUAACAAGUAGAUAACAGAAGGCACAAGGGAAUGUGAUGCCCUUAGACAAACCGAUAUGGAUUAUAGUAAAACAAGGAAAUCUAGGUGUUUUACAUUUAUGUAGUAAACUUUGGGGGUGAAAUGGAUAUAUGUUGAAAUUUUUGUGAAUCCUAAAUAGCACCAUAUAAUAUACCAUAAAGUAUUGCUGAAAAUUUCAGAGAAUUUCCUUCAAAUCCUUACUGAGUUGGGCCAGGGCAGAGUAGUAGAGAACAGCACAUCACUGUUGAGAUGUGGAUGCCAGGAGGUCCACUGGCACACUUUUUAGGUGAUUUUUUUCCACGUAGCCACCUUAACCUUAGAAAUCAAAUUCAUGCCACAGCAAAAUCGUAAUUGUCUGUUGCCAGCUUCUGUAGUUGCUUGUCAGUAGCUAAAAUUGCAGUGGGGAAAUCUGAUUUGGGCAAGGAAAUAUUCCCUCUUGUUUUGUUUGUUUUUAAGUCAGACUUCUAAUUUCUGGGCCGAUUUUUCCUUUUUGCAAAAUAGCCCAAGUACUGACAAACUCCUCUUGUAUUUCUUUUUAAGGCUUUCAGCAUUACAGGUUGUCAGUAUCCUUUUGGCUCAGUCAGAUAUUUUAUUUGGUGAUGUUUUACUGUUCUCAUUUUUUUAAAAACUGUUGAGGAAUAAUUGACAAAUGUCGGUGUAUAUAUUUAAAGUGUAAAUGUGAUGAUUUGGUGUAUGUUGUGGAAUGAUUACCAAGAUCACAUCACUUCAUAUAGUUAACUUUUUCUUUUGUGGUGAGGAGAAUGCUUAAGGUCUACUCUCAGCAGCUUUCAAGUAUACGAAACCAUAGUCGGCACUGCUGUACAUUAGAGCCUAAGAACUUACUCUUCUUAUGACUGAAAAUUUGUACCCUUUGACCUAUAUUAGCCCAUCUCUUCCAUCCCCAGCCCUUGGCAACCACCAUUCUGUUAUGUUUCUAUGAUAUUAGCUUUUUUUUUUUUUUUUUUUUAAGAUUCUGCAUAUAAGUGACACCAUGCAGUAUUUGUCUUUGCCCAUCAGCCUUAUUUCACUUAGCUCUCCAGGUUCAUUCACACUGCUGCAAAUGACAGGAUUUCCUUUUUCUUUAUGGCUGAAUAAUAAUCCAUUGUUUAUGUACUAUUUGUUUCAAGAUAUUUUUUGAGUUCUCUUGAUUUCUUCUUUGAUCCAUUGGUUUCUCAGAAGUGUUUUGUUUAAUUUCCACAUAUUUGUGAACUUUUCCAGCUUUCUUCCUAUCAUUGACUUGUAGUUUUAUACCAUUGUGGUCAGAAAGAUAGUUGAUAUGAUUUCAGUCGUCUUAAAUUUUUUGAGACUUAUUUUGUGACCUAAGAUAUGAUCUGUCUUGGAGAGUGUUACGUGUGUGCUUGAGAAGAACAUGUAUUCUGCUGCUGUUGGUUGAAAUAUACUAUAUAUGUCUGUUAGGUUCAUUUGGUCUAAAGUAUCACUCAAGUCUAUUAUUUCCUUAUUGAUUUUCUGUCUGGAUGAUCUGUCCAUUGUUAAAAGUGGGCUAUUGAAAUCCUCUACCAUUAUUGCAUUGCUUUCUAUUUUUGCCUUCAGAACUGUUAAUAAUUGUUUAAUAUAUUUAGGUGCUCAGUAUUGGGUACAUAAAUAAUUGUUAUAUCCUCUUGAUGAAGUGGCCCUCAUUUGUUGCAGUUUUUGAGGUAAAGUCUGUUUUGUCCAAUGCAAGUAUAGCUACUUUAUUCUCUUUUGUUUUCCAUUUGCAUAGAAUAUCUUUUCCUAUGCCUUUACUUUUAGCUUAUGAGUGCCCUGAAAGCUUAAGUGAGUCUCUUAAUGGCAGCAUAUAGUUAGGUCUUGUUUUUAUAUGCAUUUAGCCACUCUAUUUCUUUUAAUUGGAGAAUUUAAACCAUUUACCUUUAGAGUAAUUAUUGAUAGAUAGGGACUUAGUAUCUCCAUUUUGUUAAUUACUUUUGAUUGUUUUGUAGUUCCUUUUUUCCUUUCUUCCUUUCUUUGUGCGUUGAUGGUUUUUUGUAGUGGUAUGCUUUCUUUUUAUCAUUUGUGUAUCUAUUAUAGGCUUUUGCUUUGUGAUUACCAUGAGGCUUUCAUAGUAUAUCUCAUAGUUACAACAACAGUCUUGUGUAAGUAAGCUGACAACAGCUGAACUCAAAAGUUAAGCAUUUCUUUAGCAUUUCUUGUAAGGCAGGUCUAGUGACAAAUUCCCUCAGUUUUUGGUAGUCUGGGAAAGUCUGUAUCUCUCCUUCAUUUCUGAAGGACAACUUUGCUAGGUAAAGUAUUCUUGGUUGACAGUUGACAGUUUUUUCUUUGAGCACUUAGAAUAUAUCAUCCUAUACUCUCCUGGCCUACAAGGUUUCUGCUGAGAAAUCAAACUUUUUUCUUUUGCUGUGUUCAAAAUUCUCUUUUUCUCUGAUUUUUGAGAUUUUUUUUUUUUUUAUUAUAUGUGUCUCAGUAAAGAUUUCUUUGGGUUGAAUCUAUUUGGGGAUCUUUGAGUUGGAUGACUAUAUGUCCCCAGAUUUGGGAGAUUUUCAGCCGUUAUUUCUUUAAGUCAAUUUUCUAUCUCUUUCUCUUUUUCUCUCCCUCUGGGACUCCCAUAAAGCAAAUAUUGUUUCACUUGAUGAUCCAUAGUUCAAGUAAGCUUUCUUUACUCUUUUUUUUUUUUAAUGUAUUUACAUGAAUAAUAGUUUUUAAGGAUUUAUUUAUUUGAGAGAGAGUACGAUUAGGGGGAGGAACAGGGGGAGAGAAUCUCAAGCAGACUCCCCACCAAGCAUGGAGCCCAGUGCAGGGCCUAAUGCUAGGACCCUGGGAUCAUGACCUAAGCCAAAAUGAAGAGUCAGCCACCUAACCUCCUGAGCCACCCAGGCGCCCCUAUGAAUGAUAUUUUUUUUAAAGGUGUGGCGGGGGGCACCAUUUAAACCUGGUGAGGCAAGCAUUAACAAUCCUACUUGCUGAAUUGUGAAGCUAAAUUCAGUGGCUGAAACAAAGACAUUCUACUGUUUGGUAGGAAUAAAAUCCAGGUCCCCGGGCGCCUGGGUGGCUCAGUUGGUUAAGCGACUGCCUUCGGCUCAGGUCAUGAUCCUGGAGUCCCGGGAUCGAGUCCCACAUCGGGCUCCCUGCUCGGCAGGGAGCCUGCUUCUCCCUCUGACCCUCCCCCCUCUCAUGUGCUCUCUGUCUGUCUCAUUCUCUCUGUCUCAAAAAAAAAAAAAAAAAAAAAAAAAAUCCAGGUCCCCUUUUCCAGGUCUUAGGGCUUAUAAGAACAUAAAAGUUCUGCCCUUCAGUCCUGUGGGCCCAGAGCAGGGGCAUCCAGUGGUUGCUGGGUGUGGAUUGCAAAGAGAAGUGUGACCUGCACACACCAAGAUUGAGGGUGGAGAAGAGGGUACCGGUCCUCCGAAGCCCUUGGUGCCCAGCUCUAGCAAAGGAGGUGGGGGUGGGAUAGUGAGACCCCAAUGAGAGAAUCCCCAGUGAGGCAGCUUUCUGCACCUAGUCCCUAUCUAGCACAGUGUGCACACCAGUCUGCACACCAAAGGGUUCUGUACCCCCCCCGCCCCCCCGCAGCCCAACCCAGCAGGCCCUUGUCCUGAGCUCAGGGGCCUAGAAGGGUGGACAUCUGGCCAAUGGUGGUCUGAGAAGUGGCAGAGCACUGUGCUCUGGGCUGCCCACCUGGGUACAGGAUUGCUGAGACAGCCGGUCCCCCGUGGGCAGUGCCAUCUCCACUGUAGGAGGAGGUGUAAGUUGCCUAAACCCCCAAGCAUCUUCUCUCUCCCCAGCAGUGGUGGUCCUUGCUAUCUUCCUCCCUGUGGUUGAGCCUGCCACCCAGCCCAUAGGUUCUGUCACCAUCCCUCCACUGGGCUGAGCUGUGCUGUCCUCUCUCCACUCUUUUUUACUCUAAUUUUUUUAUCCUCUGGAUAAUAUCAAGAGAUCUGCCUUUAAGUUCUCAGAUUUUUUUCUUCUGCCUUAUUGAGCCUGCUGUUGAAGUUCUCUGUUGCAUUUUUCAUUUUAUUCAUCUGUGGAGUAGUGCUCCCUUUGUCCAUUGGGGAUACAUUUUAAGACCUCCAGUGAAUACCUGAAACCACAGAUAGUCCUGAACCCUAUAUAUGCUAUGUUUUUUCUUAUGCACACUUGCUUAUGAUGAAGUUUAAUUUGUAAGUUAGGCACAGUAAGAGAUUAACAAGUCACUUAUAAUGAAGUAGAAUAGGUACAACAGUAUAAUAAAAGUUAUGUGAAUGUGGUCUCUCUCAAAAUAUUGUACUGUACUCAUGUUUCUUCUUGUGAUGAUGUGAGAUGAUACAAUGCCUACAUGAUGAGCUGAAGUGAGGUGAAUGACGUAAGCACUGUGAUGUAGUGUUAAGCCACUGUUGGCUUUCUGACAAUACGUCAGAAGGAGGAUCGUCUGAUUUGGGUGAUCCUGAAUCAUUGAGCCAUGACAGUGUCGGUGGUUGGAUGUCAGGAGCAGACAGUGUUGAUGGUUGGGGAUCCUCCAUAGGUGAAGGGUUUUUUUUUGCUGAAAUCUUAUAGAAGAACGUUAUAAUCAGAAAUGAUUGUCUUUGUAACUCAUCAAAGUAUUGUUGUAGAGGUUGUAAUCCUUUGGUGAUCAUAUGGGUGACUUUAAUGCUGCGUUCCAUCUGAGGAUUGUAUUCCAUGAUUUUGUCCUUUGUGCAAUUCAAUAUAUGUCAGCAAAUUUUGGGAAUGUCUACAUUGCUGGUUGUGCUUCAGUUUCUUCUUCAUCUUCCUCUUCUAUACAUGAUUCCAGAAGUUCUUCUAAUUCCUCAUUUGUUAACACUUCUUGAUGGCCUUCAAUAUGUUCUUCACUUUCUCAAGAAUGUUGGCAAUUCCUCUCCAAUAGCUUAUCUUGCUGUGUGAAUGAUUCUCCUAACUUCUCCAUCAAUCCCUUGGGAAGUCUUUAAAAUUAUCCACGACUUCACUUGAUAAGUUUUAGGAGGCAUAUACAGUUUCUGGUUUUAAUUCAUCCAUUGCAGCUUUGAUGAAUGUUACUGCAUGAGCAGUAAUGAAUGAUUUCCAGCCCUGCAUUAUGUCCAGAUUAGAGUCUGCACCAAUUGAUGGUUGAAUGCAAUCAAAUACGAGGCAGGUGUUUGUGGCUUUCACAAAGCAAAUGAUGCCCUGGCCACGGGGCUGAAGCCAUGAGGUAUUUAGAGGUUAAAAUGAAACUUCAGCAUUUUCAUUUUCAUUGCAAACAGAUUCAGGAUGGCCAGGUAGUGGCACUGUUAUUAAUAGGACUUUAAAUUCCAACCCUUCCUCUUCCAAGUAUUUUUUCUCUUUCAGGAUGAAGCACUGGUGGAACCAUUCCAGAAAAAAGAUGGCUCUCACCCAUGCUUUCUGAUUAUGUUGCCAGAACAUGGGCAGAUAAUUUUUGUUUUCGUUUUUGACAGCGCAUGGGUUCUUUGCUCUGUACCCUCUGCCUGGUGUAUCAUAUACCUUGCAUAAGUGUUGCCACAUAGUAGAGUUAGCCUGUCCUUCUAUGUUUUAUGCCCUGGGACCCCUCUUGCGCUUUUAAGAGGGUACAUUCUAUAGGGCAUCUUCUUCCAGAAAAGACUGAUUUCAUUGCAGUUAAAGACUUGGUUUGGGCGGCAUCCUUUCUCUUUUUGGGGGGGGGGAUGGGAGAGGGAGAGAGAAUCUUAAGAAGGUUCCACACCCAGUAUGGAACCCGAUGCGGGCUCAAUCUCAUGACCUAAGUCAAAAUCAAGAGUUGGAUGCUUAACUGACUGAACCAUCCAUGCGCCCCGAGUAUCCUUUCUCUUUAAUCAGCUUCUUCAACUCUGCCAAAACUGUAGCAGCAGCUUCUUCAUUGGUAGUCACAGCCUCUCCAGUAAUUUAUGUAUUUUUUAAUCUAAACCUUUUCUUGAAUCUGUGAUAAUCAUCCGUUAUCUGCAGUAAAUGGCUUCAUGUCCCUUAAGGGAUCCCCCGUCAUUGGAGGGGCCGAGCUCCCGCUGGUCGUCCUGCAGAGGUCCUGUGCGUGGCAGUGGUGGCGAGGGCUGGUGGGAUCCUCGGAGGCAGAGGCUGCUGGGGUCCCUCAGUUCUCCUUUUUUGCCCCUGGGAGAAGUUUCUAGCCGAGGGCUGCCUCCUGGCACUUGGCCUGGCGUCCUGGCCCUCAGAGCGGUGGUGGGGUGGGGUCCUGGGAUCACGUGCGCGUGGAGCUACCACGGCGCCUGGGGUCCGUGGCCGCGGGUGUCUGGCGUCCAGGGGGUCCAGGCGCGGGCUGAUCUGUGAAACGAGGGUUUGGGUCCCGGGCUCCUCCCAGUGACUCGGGUGGGGUGGCGGGGAGGGGGCUGCAGCAGCGCAGGCCCGGGGAUGACAGGGUGCAGCGGUGGUUUGGGCCCAAGGGGUAGUGUGCGGUCGCGGCACAGCCGGGGGACAGUGGGUCCGGGUGCAGUCUCAGGAUGGCAGCAGCAGCGGCAUGUUCCUGGGGAGGCCCGCUGAAGCCACGUGUCGGGACCCAGGGGGAGGGUUGCGGAAGGGUGCGAGCUCGGUGACUACAGUGACAGCAGAGCCGUGAGCUGGGACCGGUGGGUGCAGGUCUCAGAGUAGUGGCAGCAGGGCCCCAGGGAUGGCCGUGCAAGCAGGACGCGCGACCUUGAGGGCAGGGCUCCGAGCAGCAACAGGUGUCCCAUGAUGGUGGGACAGAGUUGCCCCCUGGGGGAGGGGGCACAGAGCGGUAGCAGCUCUGGUCCUGUAUGUGGCGGGGCGCUGUGGCAUCCCGAGCUCGGAGUGGGGCGUAGCCGCAGCUGGGGUCCUGGGGACCGGGCUCACUGGGCCACACCACCAGCCCCGAGGGAGAGGAGAGGCAGCAGCUGGAAUCCGCGUUCCUCAAGACUGGGGGGUCCUCAGUAGCCAAGGCGUCCACAGCGGUGAGGCUUGCUGGGGGUCCUUCCAACUUUAUGGCAGCCAUCUGCUGUGGUCGAAUCGCUAUUCUACUCACCAUCAUACCUGCUUCAGGCCCCAGCAAAUUAGCCUAUCAAUCUUGUGCUCUCGCUUCUGGUUUUUUUUAAGACCUGCUUUGAUUCCAGCCUUCUCCUUCCGCAACUACCCAGACCUUUGGCAAUAAGUUCAUCUAUUUAUUCCCUCAUUGCACAGAUUCAUAUUUAUCUCCAUGUUUUUUCUGUUCCUCCAACGAGAUUGUAAAUUCUUCAAGUGCAGGUUCUUACAUAUUGUAUCCCCAGAACCUAACACAUAAGGGAUGCUCAGUUAAAAAUAAUUAAUGGUGGUAAAAUGUGUUCCAUAAGAUCAGUACCUUUUUCUGAAAUUGCAAAGGGUGGAGAGCUUAAGUGUUGACUACUCUCUGAGAAAGGGGUUGCCUCGUGGGCAGACUUACAGAUACGGGCUGGGCUGUUCUCUGUUACUAUGCACCAUAAAUACAUUUUUAGAGACUUUGACUCAGUAGCAGUGAUGGUUAAUCCCCGUCUAUACUUGGCUUUCCCUCUAGGUGCCAGGAAAAGCAAACAAAUGUUAAGCUCUCCUUCCUAGUUCAGACUCUGCACUGCUGAUAAAAAAAAAAUCUGCUCCAACUAUCUUUGGCUUUGAAAAGGUCAUUGCUUACUUUUCCUUUGUUUGGAGCCGUGAUUUUUCAAACUUUUAUGCACAAGUACUCCCUAAUACUUUUUUAAAAACUAGUUUUAAAAGGAAAAUAUUAACACUGUAUAUUUAAAGCUGACCCUAAGUUUAAAUAAAUUGGCAAAGGGGUAUAAUUUCCAGCAUAGUAUAAAUAUUGAUAUUUUAAAACAAAAUGUUCAUUACUCUUUCAGAUAUACCCAGUAGAGUCGAGAUAUCGUAGAAAUUCAGUACCAUCAACCAGUAUAGAUAAUACACAAAGAAAAAUACACAAAUAUUUAAAAUUUAGAUCUUUCUUUUUUCUUGAAGUUGUAUUUUCAUUGCAAUUUCCUCACAAGAUUUUAUCCUAAUGUAACACAGCAAAACUCUACCAUAAUACCUAGAUGGGACCCCCAAAAAUUGAAUUGUGAAAAUCUGAAAUCAUAUUAUUGCAAUAAUAAAGCGGGGGGAGUGUAUGUUUUAGUCUGUACUGUCACACAGGACAAAAGUAAAAAUAAUGAAACUUAGACAAGCUGGCGAUCACUUUCUAACCACCACCACCACCAGCAGCAAGUGCCUUCCCCAGAGAAGCUUAGAAUGUUUGGGAAUAGGAGGCUGGUUUGAGGGACAGGGGUCAAUUCCAUUAGAUCAAAUUUUCAUAUUCCUGCAGUUGGUUGCCUUAGAAUUUUUCUAUAUAUUUUUAUGCUUGAAAGUCAUAUCAAUCACACUGUCAUAUACA